AGCAGCUGGUCGAGCGUCAGACGAGCAUGCAAAGCUGUGGUUAGCGGCAUGUCGGAGUGUGGCGUGCAGCAAAAGGACACGACGUUCACAAAAAUAUUCGUGGGCGGACUGCCGUACCACACCACUGACAAGUCGUUACGGCAGUUCUUCGAGUCCUUCGGCGACAUCGAGGAGGCUGUGGUCAUCACCGAUCGACAGACGGGCAAGAGCCGCGGCUAUGGUUUCGUGACGAUGGUUGACCGCGACGCGGCGGAACGCGCGGUCAAAGAAGCCAACCCGAUCAUCGACGGCCGCAAGGCCAACGUCAACCUCGCUUACCUCGGCGCCAAGCCCAGGGCCAACGCGAACAACGCAUCAUUUCUUCAACAUUUCUGUUGUGCAGGAUUCCCCUUAUCUGUGAGGGGAGCAGGCUACCCAACCUUUCUCCCUAGUCAAUAUGCUGGGCUACAUCAGCAAUUUGUCUACCCGUCCGCCUACCUGCACACACCGAGCCUGAUCCUACCGCCACACCCUCCACUCUCGCCCGCUGCGGCCGCCUUCUAUGACUAUGGGCCGUCACCAUUUGGACCCGGGGCUGCAGCUGCGGCUGCCUCAGCGAACCAGGCUGCGGCUGCAGCUGCUGCAGCUGCUGAACUAGGCUACCCGUUCUCGACGAGCCCAUCGACUGCUGCCCUGGCCGCAGCCGCUGCUGCCAGUUACCUGGCACCACCGCCACCUCCGCCCACAGCUGCGCACCACGCUGGGCAAGCCGCAGCAGCGGCGGCGGCUGCCUACUACACGCUGCAGCAGCCCCUGGGGGCGGUGACUAGUGGCGCGGCUGGGUCCCUCAGCACCAUGCCGUAUGCCGCCACACAAGCUCAAGACGCCCGGCUACAGUGAUUUGGGUGGUGGCCCUGUACACCUCGUGCCGCCCGCCGCCGCCACCCACGCACGCAACCGACACAAGUAGUCUAGAGCAAUACCAAAGCAGAGUUGGGUAGGUCGGGAGAUAUAUAGAAGGCUCGUCACACCACCAAGCCAGAGCGCCCAGAUGCUGCAAAGAUGAUUCCGAAAGAGCAGCACUGGUGAAGAAGAUAUACCUGGUGGACUACUUGGAUGAACUUUUUUUUUUUUAAUCGCUAAAUCUUAUCUUUUCGCUGAUGUUAUCAGAGUUCUUGGGGCAAGCUCCUUGCAGUAGUCAUUUAAAGGGUGAUCAUCUGUUAAGGACAAUGCAAAUCUAGCUUUACCGACCAGAAACUUUGUGGGGUGCAUGCACAUAUGAGGAAGGGAUGCCACACUCAAAAUUGUUGCAAGGUCUUUAAGUUGUUUCACUGGCCUCUCUUUUCUAGUCCGAGGGAAUUAAAACAUCCCGUAUUUGCUCAGGAAGUCGCUGCAAUUAGACAUAUUGUUUUAGGAGGGGGGCAAGAGCACUAUAGUCGGGGUGCCUCUUAUUUCAUCACCUUCAACAGAUGUGCAGUAGAAAUUACUGCUGUAGUCAGUGAUGACCUUUCUUUUUUUUUUUUUUUGCUUCCCCGUUCAAAGUGCACCAAGCGCCAAACCUUUACGAGUACUUGCUCAAGUUGUGAAGUGCCAGCAUUCCACGUCGUGACGUGUGUGAUGCUGCACACUUCUUGAAAUAUUGAAGGGAUCAUGUUCUUGCUGUAAAGAGCACUGGAAUGAAUUGUAGUAUAAUAUACUGAAAGCUAGUCAUUACCACUGUUACUGUGCAUCAGGAUGAUUCAUUGCUUCACUUGUGCACUCGGGCAAGUGGUCAUGUUUGCCCUUGAGUGCUCACUCUUGGGCAUGAUUGAUCAACUCGUAAUUUGUAAACUAAAAAUUAGGCCGAUUCGAACGUGCUGCCACUGCUUCAACAAGGUUUCGAUUACUAGUGUAAUGUCAAGGCUUUGCAAGGAGCUUGCUUCAAGUAGACAACGCAUAGACUGGGCAUUCCUCAGAAGUGUAGUUAGUCCAGAAUGCUUGCCAAUCUUUCCCAGGGCGCCUCCAGUGAUUUCCCAGCGCACUGUUUUGUGCGCCCCUGGCUGAAUGCGUCCCCCCCCCCCCCCCCGAUGACAGGUCGCUUUAGCCGACAGCCUGAUGUUUUAUUAAGCUGCCAGCAUUGAUUACAGAAACACAGCAGCGCUUGGCACCACUCAAUAUCUGGUGACUAGCUUUAACAAAAGAGAACUACUACUAUGGUCUGGUACCACUGUGGGGUCUGUUGCCACCGCUGUGUUUCUGUAGGUGGCUGUCGCACAAGAGGACAUGUAUACAUACGCAAGACACAGACCACUUAAUUAGCUACACUCUUUAACAUGCAUGAUGAACGCCCUGCGUAUCAAAGGGGCACAUGGUAACACUUCGCAUGAUCAUGUUGCUACAAGCGUACGCGCAAGCUCCAAAUGCCUGCAGUGUGCUCUUUGCCUGCGAUCACGAUUGCGUGCCUCACAUUGUUUUCUUUAUUGUUUUUGCCCUUUCCAUGGUUACCUGGUCGGCACUUAAUUUGGGAGCUAUUUGGCAUUCUUUGACAUACUCUUUGUGGCCUUUCAAACUUGUGACAGUUUGAAGUGCCUGUUUCAUUCACAAAUGCUGUUGUUAAUGAACUGCGCAUGUAAGUUCAGGUUGCAUUGUUGAUUUUGUUUUUCUCUUGUUGGCAUUGAACGUUUAUGCGCAAGCAAACGUGGAAAAUUUGCUAUACAACUCGUACGGACUAUUCUUUUUUGUUAACUUUCUGUUGUGUUUGCAAAGAUGUUUCUGUCACGAACGCAGUGCAAAGAGCAGCCUGGUGGCAUCAUUCGGGGCAUCUUAUUGCUAGCACGCAGCCAUCAUUUCAUACACCCCAUUCAUUCUGCAUAUCAGUGCCUUGUCUGCUAGGGGAAAAAAAAAAAGAAGAUAAAAAAACAUAAUCGGUAAAUAAGCUUCGCUCACAUCUCUUACUGCUCAGUGAAACUGCUUGCUUUCAUUCUCGUUUCUCUUUGUUAAUCAUUCGCAAAUGGCUGUUUUCUUUUGCUUGAUGCCUGCUGGUAGCAUUGUAGCAUGCAGAAUGGCGCUGUCAGUUCUUGCGUACUGAAAGAACAUCUGCUGUGAUUAUUACUUCAGAAGGCGGCAUCACAUGCUCUUAGUGAUGUGAGCGACCUCAAGACAACAAUCCUCUGUGCUGCAAUGUGCCACCGUGAAUUCUGGUGGUGCUUUAAGCCAUCACAUUAUCUAUUUUACGAUGGAGCUUUGAGCUAGCAAGGUGAGGGAGCAGUACAGUGGGAAGUGCCGAUUUCCCUUUUUUUUUUCCUUCUUUUUUUUUUCACUAGCUCACAGACACGCUAUUUAAGUACUGUCUAGGUUCUGUAAAAUGCCACCUCAUUGUGAUAACCAAAUGCUCUUGCAUGUUGUUGCUUUUCAUUGCCUUUUUUUUUUCUCUCUCUUUUUUUCCGCAUCUUUCACCAAUCAUCUAUGCAUCACCUCCAAGAGACGCUCAUUCCGGACAUGCUGGUGAAAAUUUUCAGUUGAACAGUUUUAGGGAAAAUGCGAGAGGCACGAAACUAGCCAACCAAGUUCUUAACGACCUAUUUGUGCAAAUCGCCCUACUAGGCAGAAUUGUUCUCGAUUAGUAUACGUCUCAACUCUUGCUGGAAAAAAAAAUGGGGAAAAGACAAAACAAAACAAAAAAACGAUGAUGGUGCAAGAGCUCAAAAGAUGCAAGAGCUCCCAGGAGCCUCUUGUUGGCGAUGUCACAACUCACUUAGUUCGCGACGGCUAAUUCCAAGGCGCGUGUAGUGAUUGUAGCUCUGCAGAUUGUCCGUCCCAGCACGCGCAUUUCUUUCCGAGUCAUCUCGUUCUCUGCGUUGAGAAGGCAGGUGAAGUUGGCUGACAUAGCGCUUAUGACUCCUUCCCCCUCUCUCUGUGAAGAAGCUAGAAACCAAAGCAAAUUUCCGUCUCCGCAUGUCGCUGUGCGUCAUAUACAAGACGAAAGAAAAGAUGUAGCUAGGAUGAACUAUAUUUUCCUCUAAAGAUUAAGAAAAAAAAAACGCUGCCUUUGUAUUCAGCUUUACACAGCUGCAGCCUUCUUGCCACACGUGUGCGAGAACCUACAGGGUCUUUCUCAAAUGCCUUAUAGAAAAACACGCAGGAAAUUGUGGGCCUGGCAGCCUGUCGGGUUUGACUAGCCGACUGGGGACAGGCACCUGUCUCAUAAACACUGGAUCUCACCCGCGUGUGUCUCUCUUUUUUUUUUCUUGUUUUUUUUUACAUUGUUGUUUGUCUACUAUUUAUCACUCCCUGCCCCUUUUAUUUAUGUAUUUAUUUUUAUUUAUGUUUUCCCUCCCUCACACUCCCCUUUUAUCCCCCAAACGUUCUUGUUGAGACGACGGGAGGCACAUUAGGGCUGAACAUUUAAGCAAGGUGCUUUCGUUAGGCCCGAGCUGUGGCAAACGCACCGUCCAAACGAGGCUGUGCGUGCUGCGUAUCAGUUGCAUGCGUCAGAAUCAUCUGUGUGCUGUCGUUCAGAAACGAGGGAUACACAGCUGCGCCACACUGUGCUGUCAGGCGAUCCACAACAGCUGCUGUUGUCCACGUGUGAUGGCUGAAAUGGAACAGGGCAAGCCCUAGUCCCAGUGUCCAAGCUGCAACGAACAUGUCGGUGCUUUGACAAGCCCCCAUGACUAUGGCACUGCUGGAAACUUGAUCCACAGUCUUGGUCGUCAAAAGCUCGGUUCCUUUGAAAACUUACUCAUGGGCUGCCUAUGUUCUCCCGCUGUCUGAGCGCAUUGGAUUCGAAUUGGCACCCCGCAAGGUGGCCAGUACAGCAGCAGCAGCAGCAGUUCAUUCAGUCUGCGGACUUUUGCUCAGUACUACACAGUGUGUAUAUUCCAAGAUGUUGGGAACAAGCAUUUUAUGACUGCGCUUUCCUUGUCGUGUUCAAAGCUCAUGAAAAAGGGGAAGAGGAAGGGUGAGCUGCUCAAAGCUUUGACAGAGCCACGAACGGAAUAGAUAUGCCAUAGUUAUGGCAUAUUGUGUCUCCGAGGCUUCUGGGAUCUGACACGCCUUUAAAACUCGAUUCACGUUGAAAGGUGAUCAAACCCCCUAUACAUUUGUGCAUUCCCAAUCUCCGCAGCGGAGUGACUGUGUUUGCCACAGCUCUGGCGAAAACUGGAAGCCGUUUUCUACUAGGAUGUGUAAACUACCCCCCACCCUCCCUCCCCCCUGUUCAAGUUUAAUCCAGUACCGCUGUCACAUGUAGCCAUGUAAUUGUCAUUUUGCUCAAAUGAGUUCUCGCAGAGGUGCUGUUGUGAAAACAAAUGGCUGUGAUGCAGCAGCAGCAUUUUGUGGCAGUGGUUCAUUCACCCUUUGCUCGAAUGCUGCCCACCUGUUUCUUUUUUUUCUUUUAAGUGGAUAUUCGUCCUAGACGAACUCAUUUACAUAAAAUGGCCUUUACCUAGGCUAGCGUGACACGGACGUAUCGAAGGUGAAUGAGAUGUAUAUUUUACGUAAGGAGCGAGAGAGAGGAGGAACACUCAUUAUUGUUAGAAUCUUCUAACCAGUCAGAUUUUAUACUGAGCCUCAUGCACAUCACUCACACAUUGUCACAGAACAAUCAGGUCAGAGAAAUUCCAUCAGUUUGUUUUUUAAACCUUCCAUUUGAAUGCCAUUUACUUAUUUUAUCUCAACCAACACCUGUCUUUUUUUUUUUUUUUUUACAAGCAGUUCUUUAUUCUGCUUUUAAAUCGCACAUUGCCUUAAGACAUACUGAAAUUGGAGAUUGAAUUUGUUUUCAUUUGAAUUGCGUGCCUUAAAGGUUCCAAGUGACAAUCAAACAAUGGCUAUUGUUGUUUGUAAACUGACAAUCAUGCAAGUUUUUAAAUUGGUAGCCUGCAGAUCAGAUGUAUAAAUGGUAAAGAGCCAAUACUGCCUUAACCAUAGCUUUAGACUUGGGGGGGAGAGUAAAAGAGUUCCUUCUGUAUCUUUUUCUUUUCCUGCACAAAAAAAAAGAAAGUUUUUGUUCUAGUCAGUGUGCUAUAGUAUAAUGGACUCUAGGAACUGUGCCAUUUUAAAUGCCAAUUUUUUUUACAAUUGAACGUGGUCUUCAUUGGACAAAUGUGUGAUGCAGAACUGUUCUAUCUGAAUGACGUGGCAUGCCUGUGCUGGCAUUUGGAAGAAGUGUAGAUCUGGACUGAUUGGCGUCUUCUUUGUGGACAUUGUAGUAUCGUUUGCUAAGAUCAAAGUGUAACGCUUGGAACACUACGCACUCCCAACAUACGCACAGAUACUUAGCCGUUCCUGUUUUAUACACUCAACACAUAUGAAAAAAACUUCAGAUAUCUGAUGGUAUGGUUUAUACUUUUUAUCACUAAUGUUAUUUUCUCGUAAGGGGCUCCUAAAGGAGUGACAAAAAGAGAAGGCAAAAAUGCUGAGUAAUAUAAGGCCCACUUUGUUCGCUCUGAUGUUCUCAAUCGACCUGAUUGUGAUAUGUAUCCUAAAAAGUUUCAUAAUAAAGACCUGUACACUUGGUUA